UUUAGAUGAGCACGUCUUUUUGACAGACAGGACGAAAAAGCUUAAUUUUCGUUCGAGUUGUAAUUGCGCUUAAGGAAAAUGUUUACAGUAAGAAUGAAGUCGGCUCUUAAAAAACUGUGAUGACUUUACAGUUGAAGUCGUCCACUUUCUAACAGGGAUAUUUCAUUCAUUUAACAUUUCCUCAGUUAUAACAUGGCAGUACACAGGAGGUUGUUUCGCCGCCACAUUUCACCUUUAGCUUUUAGAUUUCUCCAGACCUCCAGCUGCUGCAGGAAUGUCAUGCCUGCCUGGGUGAUUGAUAAAUAUGGAGGCAAUGAUGUCUUACGACUGAGCAAAAAUGCCAGUUUCCCAGUCAUCAGCUACCCCAAUGAGGUUAUUGUCAAGGUGUUUGCUGCAGGACUCAACCCCAUUGACGUCAGCAUGAGAGGUGGAUAUGGUGCUGCAACACUGUCUAUGAAGAGAGACCCGCUGAACAUCAAUCAGACUGGCAUGGAGUUUCCCCUUACCCUGGGCAGGGACGUGUCUGGGGUCAUCAUGGAGUGCGGCCUGGAUGUAAAGUACUUUAGAGAAAGGGAUGAGGUGUGGGCCGCCAUCCCACCAUGGAAGCAGGGCAGCUUGGCUGAGUUUGUAGUCCUGAGCGCCAACGAGGUGUCCCUCAAACCAAAGUCACUGAGCCACACAGAGGCUGCAGCCAUCCCUUACGUGGCCACCACAGCCUGGUCGGCGCUCGUCAACACAGGAGGGCUCAAUAAAGACAACUGUGCCAACAAGCGUAUUUUGAUCCUUGGCGGCUCCGGGGGCGUAGGAACAUUUGCCAUCCAGAUGUUGAAAGCGUGGGGAGCCCAUGUGACCGUCACAUGCGCCCAGAAUGCUGAGCGGUUUGUCAGGGAGCUUGGAGCAGACCAUGUAGUGGACUACACAACCGGACCUGUUGAGGUACCACUUGCUGCCCUGGAAAAGUUUGACCUGGUCCUGGAUAAUAUCGGCGGCGACACAGAACGCUGGGCGCUGAAUCUGCUCAAGCCUUGGAGUGGCGCCAAGUAUGUCACCCUGGUUACUCCCUUCCUCCAGAACACUGACACCCUGGGGGUCGCUGAUGGAAUGCUGCAGACCGCUGCCACUGUGACCAGCAAGGCUCUGAAGCACCUUUUUAAGGGGGUCCACUACCGCUGGGGAUUCUUUGCACCAAGUGGCCCAGCAUUGGAUGAAAUAAGGGAAAUGGUAGAUGCAGGACAGAUCCACGCAGUAGUAGAAGAGACCUUCAGCUUCGCACAGGUUCCUCAGGCCCUUGAGAAGGUGGAGAAGGGCCAUGCACGAGGAAAGACUGUAGUCCAAAUUAAAAAGGGGACAGACUAUGUGUAGCGCUACCAACGACAACGGAUGAAGUCACUGAAGUCUCAUUAUGUUUGACCUGACUGCUGAAAUUGUGAGUGUUAGACUAUUUCAACUUGAUGCAUGCUUGAAAAUAAAACAGCAGUUUUUAACCACUACAGAGUCUAUGACAGAUUCUACAUUAGCAUUGAGUAAUAGUAUUCAAUACUGUCAAAGUUUCAUUGCAGCUUCACAUGCAGUACAUAGUGGAAAAUAAAGUGCAAAAUCCACUGAUCCAAAUUUCAUCAUUUGUCACCUGAGCCAGCUGGGCUAUUAGGCAAUACUGUACAGUGUUUCCUCGCUCUAUCGUGGUUCACCUUUCGCAGAUUCGCUGUUUUCCCGGAUUUUUUCAGUGCCUUUUUUUAUUACAGCGUAUGAACACUGUUACAGGCCCAGCCUGGCCCUUUAAGGAGAAUCUCAGUGUGGGAAGUUGAGUGUCUAUCUCUUCCUUCUCUCAUCUGUCUGCACCGCUCAUUGUUUCCUGCAUCCUGAUUGGCUGCAGACCAUUGUCAAUCAAUCUCCUUCGUGCGGUGUUGCCAUGUCUAGUGUCAUCGCUAGCUUGUAAGUGAAUCUUUGGUUCUGCUGCAGCAAUAUGCUUUAACAAAGAUACAGAAACGCUACAGUACAGCGAAACGGCGCCAGAACGAGGCAUGGUCACAGGAGUGAAAUAUAUGUGAGUGACCUAAUCAUUUUCUGUGUUUCAUCAUUAAAAUUAAAAAAAAAAGGUGAGAGCUUUGAGCUUUUCUGCGUGUUUAAACGAGAGAGAAAGGUGAGAAAAUGUUAUCGCCUGUCUGAGAAACGUGUAUAAAGUCUGCGGUGAGGGGUUUCACAGCCUUAAAACAUAUAUAAUUGUAAAAAAAAAAAAAUGAAGUUGGCUACUAUUUUGGGAACCUAUCCCCCACGAUAAAUGAGGGAACACUGUGUAGGAACAAUGGUAAAGACACUGUGGUGACCUCCAGGGGCCGUCAAAAAAACUUGAAAAAAAAAAUCCAUAUAAUUAAAUUAAAACUAGCGAAAGUCAUUAAUAUUAACUCUUAAAAUGGAAAAGCUCACGUUGAUUGAAAUGUAAAUAACAAAUAAGAAUGUGCCAUAUAAAAUCUCACCUAGGACAUAACGUUGGUUAGGCCCUACAAUAAAUAGUAACACAUUGUCGGGUGUUACCUGGAGCCUAUGCACAAAUACCUGUGCAGUACCUCUGGCUGCAUCUAUCUCUGAUUGCUGUUGCCACAUCAGCUUUGUAGGUUGGAGCCUUCUCACGGACCAUUUUCUUCAACUUCCAUCACAGAUUUUCAAUUGAAGCAUGAGACCCGGACUAUUUGCAGGCCAUGACCUUGAACUUUUGUGUCUUUAUUUGGUCGAUGACAAGAAGCGUCAUCAUCUUGAAAAAAGAUUUCAUCGUCCCCAAACAUCCAUUCAAUUGAUGGAAUAAGAAAAGUGUCCAAAAUGACGUCAACUUUUGCAUUGAAGAUGUAACGACAUCCAUCUGCCCAGUGCCUUUAUGCAGCCCCAUAUCAUCAAUGACUGUCGGAAUUUGCAUGUUUUCUUCAGGCAUUCGUCUUCAUAAAUCUCACUGGAAUGGCACCAAAACAAAGUUCCAGCAUUAUCACCUUGCCCAAUUUCAUGAUUCAUCACUGAAUAUGACUUUCAUCCAGUCAUCCACAGUCCGCCAUUGCUUUUCCUUAGCCCACUGUAACCAUGGUUUUUCUGUUUAGGUGUUCAUGACGGCUUUCAUUUAGCUUUUCUGUCUGCAAAUCCCAUUUUAUUUAGGCACUUUCUUGAAGUUAGUUACAAACAUAGACUCCAGGUUCCUCCCAUUUGUUCCUCAUUUGUUUUGCUGUGGGUUUUCUGUUUUCAAGACAUAUUGCUUUAUGUUUUCUGUCUUGACGCUUUGACAUCUUCCUUGGUCUACCAGUAUGCUCGCCUUUAACAACCUUCUCAUGUUGUUUGUACUUGGUCCAGAUUCUAGACACAGCUGUGAACAAGCAACAUCUUUUGCAACAUUACGUGGUUGUCAUUUCUCUUCUUUAACAAGUUUGAUAAUCCUCUCCUUUGUUUCAAGUGACCUCUCUUGCGUUGGAGGCAUGAUUCCUGUCAGUCCACUUGGUGCAACAGCUCUCCAAGGUGUGAUCGCUCCUUUUUAAAUGCAGACUAACCAGCAGAUCUUAUCUUAUGCAGGUGUUAGUUUUGGGAAUGAAGAUUUACAGGACGAUUCCAUAUUUUUUUUUCCUCAGAAUUGAGUGAUUCCAUAUUUUUUUUCCCCGCUGCUCGAUCUAAAAAAGUAAAUGCUACCGAAUACCACCAUGUGUUUCUUAAAGCCAGAAAGUUGAAGUUUUCAGUCAUGUCUGUGAUCUGUUUUUUUUUUUUUCUACAAAAUGAAACAACUGAAUGAACAUCUGCUGAGACUGGUGAAUCCAUCAUUUUAGCCAGGGGUUGUAGUCACUAGUUUGUCGUCUUCCAGCUUUUCCCGUCAGGUGGCCACAGCAUUUGUUUAGCUUAGUUUUACACCGGAUGCCCUUUCGGAUGCAACAAUUCCAUUUGUUCGUCUUGGGACCAGCACUGGGCAUCUCCGAUGGCUGGAUGUUGAGGCCUUGCAGGGAAUCGAACAUGCACAGUCUGCAUGAAAUUGGGCAGCAGCAUUUUACAUGCCUAAAAUGACACAACAGAAUGUAAACACUUGUGUCUUUUAUCUUUACAUAUUUACAACAGAUGAAAACAAAGUGAUUUAAAAUUGACAAAAGCUCAGUGAGUGUUAAAACAGGAACUUGACAUUACAUUAUUACGAAAAGUAGUGUCAAAAGCAAAACGUGAAUAACAAUAAAUCUUUGGAGUGUAGACUUCAUUGCAUCCGUCAACAUGAGGAAACAACACCUUGUAUUCUAAAAGUACCAUAAAGUAGAGAGGUUUGCAGCAUUGAACCAGGGCUGACAAGGCGCUACAUGAAAUGAACAUUUACAAGAGAAUGUGCGUGGCUAAAUGAAAGACUACAAAAAGACAAACAAUAUCAAUCAAAUAAAAAAGAAGUGUUAAGUUAAUGUUUAAUCAAAAACCAGAACAUGGUGACCCUCCUUAAUAAAGGUCCAAAUGCUACAAGAGUGCAGACUGUUUGUGCAAAGUCCCACUCAGGGCCUGUCUGAGUGGUGGGAGUCCCACUGUGGAGCUGCGUCACAGGGAUCAGUCCACUAGUGGAGCUGGGAGUGAAGGCCAGAAAAGUGUCGCUCAUGUCACAAGAUCUCCAGUGUCCAUCUUUGGUUUGGUUUUCCCUCCUCAAACGUGUUGAGGAUCACCUGGUUCUUGUCGUACUGAUGACCUCCUAUGACACACAUUAGAGUCCUCAUGUUAUUUCGUUCUUAGGAAUUUGAGCUGAGUGACUGAGUGAAUCUCGAAACAUUCACACACACAUUCUGAGUAAAUGACAAUUUGUAUUUUCACAUUUAAAUGGAAUGCAUGCUGAAAUGGUAAA